GGCGUAAUGGAGCUUCAGAAGCUGGGAGAUGCGGCGCGACGAGUUCACAAAGGAGCGAUUGAAUCCGCGAGGCGCGAAUAUGCGCGUCGUCUUGUGGACACGCGAUGGGACGAGCUGCAGAGCACCUCUGAUGAAGUCCGCCUGUCCCUCCUUGCGGCGGUGGGUGGCAUUGGCCACCUGGCAGCGCCUUUGGCCCACGACGUCGC